AUGAGUUCAUAUAAUUAUUCAAGAGAUCGUUCACAUGCUUCAAGGUCAUAUUCUUCAGACCAACAGCCUCAAGGUCAACCACCUUUAUUACCACCACUUUCUUCUACACGUUCUUCGUUAAACCACUUAUUGAAUUCCUCAGAAGAACAACCAAGCUACUUACCACCUCCAAUACCUCAACACACUACCCCACAACACUAUCCACAACAAGCAAUAUCUUUUCCCUCGUAUCAUUCUCAACCGUCCAGUAAUUCACACUACAGACAUAAUCAUGCGGAUUAUCCUCCAUCUUUGUCACACUCGGUGCCCUUACAACAUCAAGAAAUUGUUUAUAAUUAUCCUUGGGGUGAAUAUCCGGAACCUCCGGCACGUCAAAUACCAAAUUCCUCCUAUAAAAUGGAUCACGCACAUCAAAGACCGUUGACAUUUUUUCAUACGGCAGUAAAUCAAGCUCCUGUACAUCGUAUUCACGAUGGAGCUGGCAUAGUUCCGCAAGAGGUAAAUUAUCAUUUGAAUUACACCGAACAUUACAGCGUCGUCUAA